CAUUUUUCCUUCAGAGCUAUCUCGAUUAUAAGUAGACCUUAUUCCAGGCUAUCUACUCACCUAUUCAAAUCAUUUGCAUUUUAAACCAAUUGGUUAUCUAACUUUGCACCCUUUUUUUCUACAUACAUAAUUUUCUUAAUCUGACUUGAACUUAAUUCAAUAAAAAUGUUGAAAGUUCAAUCUAAGAUCUCGGGUAACAACGUGGUGAAGUCCCUUGCUCAAACCCGUUCUUAUGCUCAAAACUCGAUCCACACCCACACCAUCAAGACUCCAGUUGGUCUUAAGGCUGCUUUGGCUGCUUUGAAGCCUAAGACAACUAGAUUAUCCAUUGAAGGUCCAAUUGAAUGUGAUCUCCAUGGUUUCACUUUGUUGAACUCUCCUGUUUUCAACAAGGGUUCUGCCUUUUCAAAUGAAGAAAGAGAUGCAUUCGGUUUGAAUGGUCUUCUUCCUUCCCAAGUUAACACUUUGGAUGAACAAGUUGAACGUGCCUACAAGCAAUUUUCUUAUCUUAAGACUCCUCUUGCUAAGAACGAUUUCUGUACUUCCAUGAGAAUCCAAAACAAGGUCUUGUACUACGAAUUGGUCAGAAGACAUAUCAGAGAAAUGUUGCCAAUCGUCUAUACUCCUACCGAAGGUGAUGCCAUUGCUGGUUACUCUCACAGAUUCAGAAAGCCAGAAGGUUGUUUCUUGAGUAUCACUGAACCUGAUUCGAUCGAAGAAAGACUUGCCGCCUACGGUGAAGAUAAGGACAUUGACUACAUUGUCGUUUCUGAUGGUGAAGGUAUCUUGGGUAUUGGUGAUCAAGGUGUUGGUGGUGUUAGAAUUGCCAUUGCUAAGUUGGGUUUGAUGACUCUUUGUGGUGGUAUUCACCCAGGUAGAGUCCUCCCUAUCUGUCUUGAUGUCGGUACCAACAACGAAAAGUUGUUGAACGACGAACUUUACAUGGGUAACAAGUUCCCAAGAGUUCGUGGUGAAGAAUAUUGGACAUUCGUUGACAAGUUCAUCAAGGCUCUUAAGAGUAGAUUCCCUAACGCUGUUUUGCAUUAUGAAGAUUUCGGUGUCACCACCGGGAGAACCAUGUUGGAAAGAUACAGAGAAGUUAUUCCAUCUUUCAACGAUGAUAUCCAAGGUACCGGUGCCGUCGCAAUGGCUUCUAUGACCGCAGCCUUGAAGUUCAGUAACAGAGACUUGCUUGACUCUAGAGUUCUUAUCUAUGGUGCUGGUUCUGCCGGUAUUGGUAUUGCCGACCAAAUCACCAACCACAUGAGAAGUCAUGGUGCCACUGACGACCAAGCUAGAGGUGCCAUUCAUUGUAUGGACCGUCGUGGUUUGAUUUUAGAAUCCCACGAAGAUGUAUCUCCAGCUCAAAAGGUAUAUGCUGAUAACGAUGCCGAAUGGGCCGGUGUUGACACCAAGAGCUUGAUUGAAGUCAUCAGAAAGGUUAAGCCAACUGUUCUUGUUGGAUGUUCCACUCAAGCUGGUGCCUUCACUGAAGAUGUUAUUAAGGAAAUGUACAAGUACAACAAGCAACCAAUUGUUUUCCCAUUGUCCAACCCAACUAGAUUGCACGAAGCUUUCCCUGUUGACAUCAUGAAGUGGACCGAUAACAAUGCAUUGAUUGCUACUGGUUCUCCUUUCCAACCAGUUGAUGGAUAUGUCAUUUCUGAAAACAACAAUUGUUUCACCUUCCCAGGUAUUGGGUUGGGUGCCGUUUUGUCCAGAUGUACCACAAUCACUGACACCAUGAUCUCUGCUGGUGUCGACCAAUUGGCCGCUUUGUCACCAAAGAUGGCUGAUCCAAAGAACGGUUUACUUCCUCGUUUGGAAGAAAUCGAUGAAGUUUCCGCCAAGGUUGCUACCGCCAUCAUUUUACAAUCCUUGAAGGAAGGUACUGCUAGAGUUGAAAGCGAAGAGAAGCCAAACGGUGGAAGAGUCGAAGUUCCAAGAGAUUUCAACAAAUGUUUGAAAUGGGUUCAAUCACAAAUGUGGAAACCUGUCUACAGACCAUUGGUUAAGGUUCAACAUGUUCCUGAAAUUCACACAUACCAAAACUAAAUGGUAUGGGUUUAAUAAUAACUUUGCAGGGAUGGUUUCAAGUCGUGCUUUAUCCCUGCUUUCGGUACUCGGCUUUGGAGAUUAAUAGAUAGACUUUCAUAAUUAUAGAUUAUACAAUUAACUACGCAUAAAGUGAAAUAUUUGACAUGUAAUUAAU